GCGCGCGCGGCGCGCCACAGUGUAGCGACCCACCUUGCAUCGCCUGGGCGUCAUGCGCGCAGCUGGCGCAGCCUCGUGUCCUUUGUUUGUAUCGAUCACGAUUCUUUGUGUUCAAACUAUGGAAAUGAAUGUGUAGUUCUGUGUCUAUAUAGUGAACAAAUCCUGCAUCAUGGCUUGUGAGUCCAUAUCCUUGGAGACUACUUCCACGUCUCUGACGGAUGACUCCUCGCUUAACAUUUCAUUUGAAAACCUUAAUUACGCGGUCCGACAAGGCAUUUUCAACAGAGGACGCAAGGCGAUCCUGAACGAUCUCAGCGGAACCUUCAACUCCGGCGAGCUGACCGUGAUCGUGGGCCAGUCUGGCGCCGGCAAGAGUACACUCAUGGACAUCCUAGCUGGAUACAGAAACGAGACGCAAGGCAAGAUUUACGUAAAUGGAAGGAUCCGCAAAAUCAAAUGGUUUCGGAGAAGAUCGUGCUAUAUCCUGCAAGAUGAUAAAGUACAAGACAUGCUGACCAUCGAAGAAUCCCUCACCAUUGCAGCUGAGCUCAAACUAGGAAACCAUAUUAGUAAAGAACAAAAAACUAGGCGAAUAAGAGAGAUCAUAACUGCCCUGGGCCUACGCGAGGUCCGGGACACGAGAGCAGCCCUGCUCUCAGGCGGGCAGAGGAAGCGCCUAGCCAUAGGCUUGGAGCUGAUAUGCGACCCGCCUGUCAUGUUCCUGGACGAACCUACUAGCGGGCUAGACAGUUCAACAUCAAAGCAGAUGGUGUAUAUGCUGCAAAUGCUGGCGCACCAGGGCCGCACAGUCGUGGUGACCAUGCAUCAGCCAUCAGCCGGUCUGCUGCAAAUGGUGGACCGUCUGUACGCGGUGGUGGCUGGACAAUGCGCGUAUAUGGGCUCAGUAGAUAACCUAAUCCCCUUCUUCGAAAACCUUCAUUUGAACUGCCCGAAAUUUCAUAAUCCUGUAGAUUUUCUUAUAGAAAUAUGUGGAGAGCAGCCAGAAAAACUAGUUAAUUAUAUGCAAAAUGGACAAGACAUGCAGUGGCUUCAUAAUAUAUCUAAUGAAAGUAAUGAUAAAUUAUUAGAAAUAUUUAAAACAGAUUUAUAUGAGAAAGUGUUUCUAACGGCACUACCACCUCCAAAAGAGGACCCGACGAGUAAGAUCCUACUAGCACUGAAAAGUACGUACAGUACGUCGACGUGGAAACAAUUUACCACAUUGACCCGAAGAGCAUUACUAUGUGCGUGGCGAGACCCCCACUUCACGCUGAUAAUGACGGGCAUCCACUGCGCCAUGGCGCUAUUCGUCGGCGUGCUCUUCUUCAACAUCGGCGAGGACGCCAAGCACACCAUCGACAACUACAACUUCCUCUCCUACAGCGUCAUGUUCGUCAUGUUCACCGCAUUCAGCGCCGUCUCUAUAAGAUUUCCGCUACAAUUUCCAAUGGUGAAGCGUGAGCACUUCAAUCGCUGGUACACCCCGGGCGCCUACUACGCGUCCACACUUUUGGCCGCCUUGCCCGCGCAGACGGUGUGUACGCUGUGCUACUCCUGCAUAGCUUACUGGCUCACGGGCCAGCCGCCAGAAAUCAUUCGCUUCGGAAGCUUCUGCGUCAUUUUACUGAUGGUUUCUUACACGGCUCUCUGUGUAGGGCUGCUCAAUGGGUCUCUGUUUGAUAUUAAGCACGCCAUGAUCUUCGGGCCGCUCUUCGUAAUGCCAUUCACGGUAUUCUCUGGCUUCUUCCUGCACCUGCCCGACUCGCCGGCCUUCUUCCGUUGGCUGUUCCACGUGUCCUUCUUGAAGCACGGCCUGGUCGGCCUCUGCCUCACCAUUUUCGGCAUGGGCCGACCGCGCCUUCCAUGCUCAGACCUUUAUUGCCAUUACGCAUACCCCCGCUUCCUACUCAAGGAGGUCGGCAUGUUGAAUGAACAAUAUUCCGUUGUUAUCUUAGCUUUUGCCGCUAUAGUGUCCGUAGUUAUUCUGUGUACAUAUAUUUCAUUAAAAAUCAGACUCAAGUGUAAGUGGUAAAGUAUUAUAUUAGGUUUAAUGGAGAUUUUGGGUUGAUGAGCGUUGCCAUGUUGUAUCAAGUUUAAUUUAAAUUAACAGCAAGUAAACUUAGUUAGGUAA